GUGAGUGUGUGUGUGGGAGGGGUGGGUAUGUGUCUGCCUGUGCUGUUGAGGACCAAUUUGCUUCCAAGUACAGUCUUGCUUGAGUGAUUGUUUUCGACAAUGUAGAGCUAGCUGGUGAGCUGGGAGCUCAGCACAUCGCCUCCCAUUUGGAAGCAGAGAGUGUUUUUCUCCUGCGGUCAAUGGUAUCAGCCCUGCAAAGUUACAGCAGGCAAACCUUCAGAUGCCUCACCCACGGAGACAGAGAAAGGGAGUCUGAUCAUGGCUGGGAGGAAAUUUGCACAGGCGGAAACUCCGACUUGGUUCACAUGCAUGGGAUUGAAGCCGCAGCAGAAAUCCAGCGAGGCUUUAUCAGUGGCAGACAACGUCUCGGAAAACAAACACUUGAAUUUCCCCUCUCUGGGUUGCGGCUGGUGUAUACAAGGAACAGGCAGGAAAGAUGCAGAGGCGGCUCGCUAUGUAACAUUCACAGGCAGCGAGGAGCAGAAGCCCAAUAUCGGCAGAACGGCUCAGCAGAAUAAAUCUCGACAAAAUGCAGACGUGGAGAGCGAACGUAUGCUGGUGAAGGGUGGCAAAAUCGUUAACGAUGACCAGUCAUUCUUUGCUGACAUUUAUGUAGAAGAUGGGCUGAUCAAGCAAAUUGGCGAGAAUCUGAUUGUUCCCGGUGGGAUUAAAAUGGUUGAUGCCCACGGAAGGAUGGUGAUACCAGGCGGAAUUGACGUUCACACCCGUCUACAGAUGCCCAGCAGAGGGAUGAUUGCUGCAGAUGACUUCUCCCAGGGAACAAAAGCAGCCCUGGCAGGAGGCACCACCAUGAUUUUUGACCACGUGCUGGUGGAGCCUGGGGUCAGUCUGAUCACGGCCUUCGAACAGUGGAGAGAGUGGGCGGACAGCAAGUCCUGCUGUGACUACACUCUGCACGUUGACAUCACCGAGUGGUACAAGGGGCUGCAGGAGGAGAUGGACUUCCUGGUGAAAGAGCACGGUGUGAACUCCUUCCUCCUCUACAUGGCUUACAAGGAACGCUACCAGCUCUCUGAUGCCCAGAUGUACGAAGCCAUGAGUGCAAUCCGCGACUUGGGGGCCGUCGCUCAGGUUCACGCUGAGAAUGGUGACAUUAUUGCUGAGGAGCAGCAGAGAAUUCUCGCGCUGGGCAUCACUGGACCUGAAGGCCACGUUCUAAGCAGGCCAGAGGAGGUCGAGGCGGAAGCAGUGAACCGGGCCGUUACUAUAGCGAACCAAACCAACUGCCCGCUCUAUGUGACUAAGGUGAUGAGCAAGGCUGCAGCUGACAUCAUCGCUCAGGCCAGGAAGAAAGGUACUGUUGUGUAUGGGGAGCCAACCACUGCCAGUCUAGGCACGGAUGGAUCACACUACUGGAGCAAGAACUGGGCCAAGGCCGCUGCCUUUGUGACAUCCCCUCCUCUGAGCCCCGAUCCAACCACGCCAGAUUACUUGAACUCCUUGCUGGCUUGCGGCGAUCUGCAGGUGACCGGCAGCGCGCACUGCACCUUCAACACCUCCCAAAAGGCGGUGGGGAAGGACGACUUCACCAUGAUCCCAGAGGGCACCAACGGUGUGGAGGAGAGGAUGUCCAUUGUGUGGGACAAGGCUGUGGUCUCCGGAAAAAUGGACGAGAAUCAGUUUGUGGCUGUGACCAGCACCAAUGCAGCCAAGAUUUUCAACCUGUACCCGAGGAAGGGUCGCAUUGCUGUGGGCUCCGAUGCAGACCUUGUCAUCUGGGACCCUGACGUUGUCAAGAUCAUCACCGCCAAGAACCACAACCUGGCUGUGGAGUACAACAUUUUUGAGGGGAUGGAAUGCCGCGGAGGACCCUUGGUUGUCAUAAGCCAAGGGAAGAUCGUCCUGGAGGACGGGAUCAUCCAUGCUUCCGAAGGCUCCGGCCGCUUCAUCCCCAAGAAGGCAUUCCCAGAUUUUGUCUACAAGAGGAUUAAAGCACGGAGCAAGUUGACGGAACUGCAUGGUGUACCCCGAGGCCUCUACGACGGCCCCGUCUGCGAGGUUUCCGUGACCCCCAAAUCGGUCACGCCCGCCACCUCUGCCAGGACCUCGCCCGCCAAGCAACAGGUGCCCCCUAUGCGGAAUCUCCACCAGUCAGGGUUCAGUUUGUCUGGUAAAUGUGCCCAGGCGGACGACAAUCUCCCCCGCCGUACCGGCCAGCGUAUCGUCAUGCCCCCUGGUGGCCACACCAAUAUUACAAUGCUCGGGUGAUCCGGAUCCGGGGGCAGUCACCGGUCCCGCUGACACUGCGGGCAUCCCUUUCGUCCAGUGUGGUUAUUUUGUUUAUAAUUUCGGAAGAGCCUGUGACAGUUACUGUGGGCAAGGAUUGCUGGGCUCACAUGCACCCCUCCAGUGGUACACUGCUCGCCAACACCUAACGCGAGGCAGUAUCAAACUCCCUCAUCAAGCCCACCACGUCCCGGUGUGACAAUGUACAGGAAAGAACUGCAGAUGCUGGUUUGCACCGAAGAUAGACGCAAAAUGCUGGAGUAACUCAGCGAGGGACAGGCAGCAUCUCUGGAGAGAAGGAAUGGGUGACCUUUCGGGUCUGAAGAAGGGUCUCGACCCCAAGCGUCACCCGUUCCUUCUCUCCAGAGAUGCCGCAUGUCCCGCUGAGUUACUCCAGCAUUUAGUGCCUCUCCUGAUGUGCCUGGCAACUGGUUUAUUUAAGUAAUAGAGCACCUUGAUUGAAGGAGGUAGGAGUGAACUCCUGGCAAACUCCGUGUGCAAGAGAAGCAUUAUUGUGGCAGACUAAAUAAUGAAUAACUUUAAUCGGGGAAAUCAAGAAAAAUAUAGCUCGGAGCCCAGUCUGUUUGUAGAAGACGCAGUCUGGGAUAUGUAGCAUUUGCAUUCUAUUUAAAAUUUAUUUUAGCCAUUUUAACUGAUUUGUUGAAGCUUUUUUUCAAUUAAAUAAUAUGUCCUUUAUCGCAUUUUAUUUGUGAAUUGCACUAACUGGAAAAUUCAUCUCCAUCACUGGGAAGUGGGAAAUGCUGGCACUGUUUAAAAAAAUCAGUGGCAUUGCACAUCCAGAAAUGGAAAGGCAAUUUGUUGUUGGUUUGUCUGUUCUACUUUGACUAAAUAUACACAGUGGAGGAGGCUGGAAAUAUCACCCAAUUUGCCCUGUUUCGUUAGUCCUCCUCAAACGACUAUCAAGAGCAGUUUUCUUCCUAAACUGCGGAGGAUGCGUUGUUAUGUCGUGAAGUAUAACCACUGUUUGCAUGUGUGUAUGGAAGUUAGAUGUUUGGUGAUCAAUGCGAGGCCACAGUUAGAAAUGAUUCUAAUGUUAAUCUUUCCAUCGACUCUUCCAGGUGACAAACUCGUGCCUUUCCAAUAACUUCAGUGGAUUGUUAUCCAACAGAAGUGGGUGGGAUGUUGUCCCCUGUUGCAUGUGUUGAAUGUCAGAUGUAGUGACGAUAUACGGUUUCAACUCUGCCUUCUGAAAUUUGGUCCUUCUUCUUUCGUGUGGCUUGUGCACAGCCUAAAGUUGUUGGACAACUUGUACUAUUUGAUCUUCCGUGUGUGCACAUUGAGUUGAUUGCAUUAGUCGAAACAGUGAAAGUUGCAAUCUUCCACCCCAAAUUUGGUCCUAAAUGGAGCAAACAUUGACAAGCCGGGGUGAAUGUGUGCCUGGUGCAAACAACAAAGGAAGAACUUGCACUCCAAGUUGUCUUCCUGGUUCCCUGCAGUUUGUGCUGCCUGCUCUUCCAGUCUGCCCCCUUGCUUUGGUCUCCAGUCCAUAGGGAAUUCACUGUUGCCUUCCUCUCUGGGUGCUUUACCGUCCAUUUUGCCGUCUUGUCAAUUGAUCGAUAUUUCAGACUAGGGACAGACGGCAUGUUCAUUGACGUCCUGCUUGAGGUUAUCAGUCUAGGGGAGUUGUGUAAGUUAUUGACUGCAGUGACUUGAUGCUCUGAAACUCAUUGUAAUUAUGAAAUGUCGUCUUGAUGCAUUUUUACUACCCAAACCCUGAAUUGUAUCUUCGUAAAGAGGUGUAAACCAGAUUGAGUUGUUGCCUUGCGGUUCGAAGGGUUAACGGUACUGCCCUUGUCUGUUUUGUGUUCACUGUUGUGUUGAAUGAAGUUGUGAUUUGUUCCUUAAAAUGAAGGUUGACGGAAAAAUAAAGUUUUAUUGACCUGAACACAC